AUGCCUGGAGUUCGAAAAUCACUAACACGCGAUGUUUCCCACCUAGCCAUCGACGCCCUGGACAAUCUCAAGUCCAAGUUCAAGGCCAUCUUCAAGAAGAAGGAGGAGAAGAAGGCCGAGGCAAAGCCCGACGAGACCAAGCCUGCUGCGACGACCACCACGCCCGCUGCCACCGAGCCCACCAAGACCGAAGCUGCUCCCGCCGCGGCCCCGGCCACCGAGCCCGCUGCUGCCCCCGCUCCUGCUGCCGCUGUUGAGCCAGCCAAGGCCCCCGAGCCUGAGGCCAAGAAGGAGGAUGCUCCUGCUACUACCGAGCCCGCCAAGGCUCCCGAGGCUGCUCCCGCCGCGCCCGCAUCCCCUGCCGUAGCCGCCGAGGCCCCCAAGGCCCCUGAGCCCGCCACCGCGCCCGCUCCUGUUGCUGCUCCGGCCGCCACCGAGCCCGCAAAGACGGAGGAGACUCCCGCCCCUACCGCCCCGGCCGCCGCCCCCGCUGCUGAGACCGUGCCCGCGCCCGCUGCCGCCGCUGCUCCGGCCGCCGCUGCCCCCACCGAGGCCGCCAAGCCUGAGGAGAAGAAGGAGACCGCUGCCACCGCCUAG